AGCGGACAGUGACGAAUUGUUCGAGUGGUGGCGGAGGUGGUGGAGGUGACGGUGACGACGGGGUGGUGGCGGCGGCGACGGAGAAGAGACGCUCACGUAUGCAACCGCGACUGAUACGGUAGAGGAGGUGGAGGUCUAGAAGUCGACGAAGUUAAGAUGGAAGCCGAGGACCAUCUGGCGAGGGAGUACGUACAGGAGUUCGUUCUCGAUCAUUUGGAUCCUGCUGAUGUCAAGCGAGAGCAGGUACGAAUGGGUUCACCGGCGGUAAUGGUAAACGGCAGCGUGGUGCAGCUUCCAGGACAAGUGCAAUCGCAGGGCUUGACUCUGGCACCGUUAACGCCGCCCGCGCACGAAUUGGAGCAGCCGCAUCCGCUGUACGGUCAGCCCCACAUCCAGGUGCAACAUGGCGUUCUGGUGAAGGCACCGCCUGGCGCCGCGGCGCAUCUCACCACCCUGUCACAUCCGGGCACGCCGCCGGACACGCCGCCGGUCUCGGCAUCGCCACCACCGUUGCAACUUCACCGCGGCGACCGGGAUUCCCGGGAUGCGCGCGAACUCCGCGAUCGCGGCGGUAUUUUGCUGCAGCUGCAACAACCGACGGCGUUGGUGCAGGAGGAGAUGCAAGUGGGUACGGGUGGCAUGGGUUGGCUGACGCAGUCGCUGAGGCAGGAGCCGCUGGACCUGAGGCCCCACUGCCCUCAAGAACAAACCCCGGACGCUCAUCACGAGCCAUGGUCAACGACGCAUCAUCAUUUCCAGGAGCUGCAACAUUUACCGCGACCCACCAGGCACACUGGUGGAUACCUGGCAAUGUCAAGUCAUCUAGAGUAUUAUAGUGGUCCGGGUUCAGGAGGAGGAAUGCUUCCCGCGGGCGGGGGCGUGAUGCAAGGGAUGGAGGACAGCAUGCAAGGUUUAUCAAUACAACCGGGCAGACCGUUGAGCGUGUGCUCGGUGAGUUCUUGUAAUGGUGGGCCCACUCCAGCUCAUCGCUCGGGUAAUGGCCUAUACUCCAAUUGCAACAGUACGAAUGCUCAAGAGGAACUCUUGGACGAUGAACUUUUGAUGUCUCUUUCUGUGCGCGAACUCAACAAACGUCUCCAUGGUUGUCCGCGGGAACAUGUCGUACGGCUGAAGCAAAAGCGUCGAACGCUAAAGAAUCGCGGUUAUGCUCAGAACUGUCGCAGUAAGCGGCUACAGCAACGGCAGGACCUGGAGAGCACCAAUCGGAAUUUGCAGAACGAACUUCAGCGCGCGAAGAUCGAGUUGACGCGGAUUCAGCAGGAACGUGACCUUUACAAGCAACGAUACGAUAUGUUGAGAACGCGACAGAGCCAUCAUCACAAUCACAAUCAUAGCCAUCAUCAACAACAGAUACCGCAGCAACAGCAGCAACAGCAGCAACAGCAACAGCAGCAGCAGCAGCAGCAGCAACAUCAAACUCAAAGUCAACAACCACAUCCACAGCAACAACAGCAACACCAACCAGCACCAGCGAGUCCUGAAGUCUAUCUGUGACAUCGACAGCGCCGAGGAGGCGCUUGUUGGACUUGAAGUGUCAUUCGUUGCGACGAUGGAUUCUUCCACUGUUUUUCAGAUAUGACACAUCGUUUGGAAGGCGUGCCAGGGCUAGGACUGUAUAGGACUUCAACUUUUUCUUUUCAUCGAUUUCUUCCUCCAUCCUUCGUCAUUCGCGUCAUCGGGACCUUAUGGCCGCCCGUGGGCUGUGAAGGGGAAGCGGCUAGUUCCUUCCUAGGCGUAUACCGACUGGUGAUUUAGUGAGAUCCGAUCUGCGAGUGGAGCGGCCGAUCAACUGGACCAUAAAUAUCAGGUGUUUUUUGCUCGAACACAACACACACGUACACACGCACACAUACAGAUACAUAUAUAUUUCUUUUUCACGUAAAAUAAGAUCUCCAGUGAGAGGCAGCAUUCUCGUUAGCGUUUAGCUUCUCUCUUCUUCGAUUUCUUUCAAUUCAUAAGACGAAAAUCUAGUAUGGUUCCUUAUAUUACGGUUUUUCGGUGUACGUAAAAAGAGCUAGGACUUGCGACAUCUGAUUAUUUACGCGGUAUGAUUACCGAUCGAUAUUUUUAUAAUUGAGCGCUUCCCUUGGAUAGCAUGUAUUUCGAUAGCACUAAUGGAAAAUAUUGUUACACCUGUAUGUGUACCUAUAGUUUUAGGUAAAAAUGGUUUUCGCAUCGAAAACUUUCUUCAUUCGAAAUCAAUCAAAUUGUUAUCUGGAAAAAUGGAAAAGAGGUAUCGAGACGUAGCUCAACAGAAUUGAAAUCCGUGCGUAAGACAUUACGUUCGUCGAAACGUUUUGCAACGUUGCACCUUUUGUUGCAAUAAAAUUAAGUUAAAUCUCUUUAGAGGGGAAGCUUAAAAUGAUGCGUACAGAAUAGAAGUCGGCACUUUAAUUUCUCGAAAUUUCAGUGCCUAAGACACGAUUAUUUAUUCAAUUAUAGUUAUUAUCGUGCGAGAACGCGGGAGAAGAAGGGUCUACACGAGCGCUCCUCUGGAAAACUUAACUGCACUUUUAUAGCGCCUCCCUCUCGACUUUAAACGAAUAAUUUUUAUCCGCUAAACCGCCACCGCUGUCGCUACCGCGCAUUCCACCCUUCCGAUGCUGCCCUUGUCGUUCCGAGCGACCCCUCGUAAAAUUAAGUCAAACAGCCACGGGAUGCCGGGGUGCUAUUCGCUUUCCAGCGUUACGUUCUCCUGUUAAGAGGAACCGAGUGCGACACCAGUCGCCUUUGCAAAAACGACCAAAAGGGACAGCGUGAAUCAUUCGUAGUGGGUAACAAAUGUGGGAAACGUUGAUUUCUUUGCAAAAAUUACUAGAUAUAUCGAACAAGUUAUAAUUAUUUAUUACCACUUUAUUCUCGUGGCUUCUUAUGUUUUUCUCUCAACAUUAAAGACCGUCUCUGUAUUACAGUGAUUGCAAUACCGGACCGGAGAUAACAAUACCAGUAUUUCGAUAUUUAUCGUACAUACGACGGCAUAUCAACUUGGCAUUUUGUAUAAAAAGAUUAGGUUUACGUAUCGUAAACGUUAUAUAAAAUACAUUAAACCAUAAAUAUAAUUUAUUGCAUGUACUUAAAAAGAGACGUAGAAUUAAUUAGCUUAAUCCAAUCAUACACAGUCCUUAAAUUCUCUCUUUGCGCCUCGAGCAUACACAAGUGCAAUACGAAUAUACUUUCAUUAAGAUAAAUGUUGCUUUUGAAGUACGGAAAAAAGGAGCUUGAAAACCGUGCACGUCUUUAUGAUGACAAAUGUAGACACUAGCCAAUUGCUAAUUGCUGCACGAUUUCUAGUAGAAUUUUACGUUUUAAAUUAUGACUCGCUUUAAGACUUCCAAGCUCGUGUUUUCUUCUAACAUGCCCUACAAUUUGUAAUGAACGAAAUUUAAAUUAAAAUUGGUCGAAAGGUUAAUUUUCCAUUUUAAUAAAAACGGGAAUCAUUUCUGCACGUUUGGAAUGCUCUUGAUUUUUUUCCGAAUUUAUUCUAGGUUAUCUGUCAGCAAAUGCCAUGGUUACCUUUUGUACACUCUUAUUCUAAAUUUUGAUGAUAAAUAAUGGUGGAAUGUUUACUUCUCUUAUUACAACUAUCUGUUUACGCGAUGAACUUCGUACGAAUGUCGUACGCGUUAUGGAUGUAUCGGACCUAUCUUCAAAAUAGUACAAAGUCGCUAAAAAUUUGUGAAAUUGUUCUUUUAAGUUUCCUAAUGCACUGCAAAAAAGUAAAAACGCAUCCACUGAACAGUUGCUGAGCUAUAACUAUUUUAAUUUACACUGAUUUUACACGUACUCUUAUGGAAAGAGCCUAUCUUAAUUAUAAAAGAGCUAAAAAAUUAUAGAAGAAAUAGUACUAGUGUUUUGAAUUUUUUGGUACAUCUAGUAUACGAAUAGACGAAAAUAUCUGCCAAGUUUCAAUUGUCUUCACUACACUGUUUUAAAGAAAUAAAAUAUAACUUAAGAUAAUUGUGCUAUCGGCACAAUAUGUAUUUUGAUGGCUUAUGAAAGCGUGGCAACGUCGCAAUCAGCUGGGUAAGCGAAGCAUAACCUAUAGCUGUUGCUAGUGUUGCAACACGGUAUAUUUAUGCCUUUAGUUUUUUCCUCAAGAAAUUCGGCUUUAGUCCUGCUUUUCGUUGAGCGAGUUUUUUUUCAUAAACUUCUUUCUUAAUUAUUUUGCCUUGCCACCGAUAACUUUCCGUUUUUCAUAUUGUAACCUAUCGAAAUAACCUUGCACCAAGUCCCAGCCUCGCACUGUUUUGGUACUGUGCAAGGCUGCCAACCUAUGUGAAUCAAGUCAUACAGUGUUGUCAUGUCUAUUUUGAGAGAGUCGUAUAACAAUGUUUAUAAGUAAUAUUCAAAAUUAUCGUUUACAUGAUACAUAUUAUACUUAUUUUUUGACGUUAUUGAAGUCACAUUUGUUUAUCAGCACUGCUGAAUAAUGUUUUUAGUUUUGAAAAUAUUUGACGUUAUAUUAUUAAAUUGAAACCAGGGAAUUUUCACUAUCAAUAGUUUAGGCUCAUAAGUGAAAAACAUCGCAAAUAAUGCAGGAAAAACAUUUGUAAAAUGAAAAAUACUUUUGUAAGAGUAAAAAUGAAACUCCAACUAUCGUUCAGGUUCUCACAUCUAGAUUUACUAUGCAUCAAGAGUAGAUAUUCAAGUAUUUUAAAUUUCAUGCACCUUUGUCUAAGAUUGUACGUCCGCUACAUUCUUAAUACAUGGCAUUUCUUUUUUUUACCGAUCCUUUUAAGGUUUUAUUAUAUGAUAUUGUCACUUUGAAUUUUUUCAUUGUGCGAUACAUAACUGCUGUUUGAACAUAUUUAAAUUUUCUAUUAUUAAAAAUAUCAGGAGCGCAUUCUUUUCCCAUUCAAACAAUGCGAUAAUAGCAACACAACUUUCAUUUCAUUGUGAAUAUAUGACGACUAAAUGUUCUUGCAGCUGUAUCGUAUUAUUAUAGUUAACUAAUAAUGUCACAGUUUGUUGAAAUUUAUUGAAAUCUUACUGACUGUGUAUUGCUUAGAAAAUUUAUAACAGAAUCUAUGGACUAUGUAUAAUAUAAUAAUAUAAUAUAUGUAUAAAAGUAAUUUAUGCGUGCGUAUGUGCACGCUCAAUUAAGACAGGUUGUAGUUUUUGUUUCGUUAAAGUAAAGAAGAACAUGCAGAAAAAUUCAAUGUUAUACAUAUAACAAAUUUUGUUUUUAAUCACUUUUUCCAUAAGUGCAAUACUAUACAGUAAUAAAAAAGCGUAAUUGCACCAUUUUUAAAAAUAAGCCAUACAUUAUACAGAGUGGGAAAAAGUACCGAGACCCCGAAAUAUUUCGAAAAAUAUAAUUAUUAUGAAAAAAUAUUUCAGACACAAAUUGUAGGGUUUCAAGUAACUCGUUACAUAACAGUAUCAGUAUGAUCUUGAAUAGCGUUGUCAAGGUCACGUGAAGGUUAUCUUAAAUUUCUUAAUCGGAACCCCCUUA